UAAGUGCAUCUUUCUUGGUCGUGUCAGAGAGUGCGCUGAAGGGUGAGUCGGGAGGGGUCUGCAUCGGACUGGAAGAAUAUGUCAGCAGCGAAAUGGGCACAAGGAUAAGCGGAACACAGCAGCAGCAGCAGCACGGAUCGCGAUAUAGUCCUAUUCAGGAAGUUCCAGCGGGCUCUCGCCGGGGAACUCUAAGAAGAACAGGAGAUUAGAGAAGCAAUGUUAACAGAUUCCUUUAUAUUUAUUAAAACAUGAAGACUUCCACUCUUUCCUGGGGGCUGUUGCUGCAGCUUUAUUAAUGCAUUGUUUGGAUUGUGGAUAAGAGCUAAUCGUCGCCUUUCAACAGAGAAACUGCGUGCAGAGAACUGUAAACCAGUGUGAUGGUGCAAUGAAAUGAGGCUCCGAAAUGGAACUGUGGCAACCGCAUUAGUGUUCAUUACUACAUUUUUAAGCCUUUCCUGGUAUACUGCCUGGCAAAAUGGGAAAGAAAAGUUGAUGGCCUACCAACGGGAAUUUCAUGCACUGAAGGAGCGUUUACGUAUUGCCGAGCACAGAACUCUGCAGCGCUCAUCAGAGCUGCAUGCAAUUCUUGACCAUUUCCGGAGAAUGAUAAAAGAAGCCAAUGGGAGUAGGGAUGCGUUAAGUCAUUUUUCAGAUGAAACUCAGAAACUGAUAAAGGAUUUAACUAACCGAAAAGCUCUUCAAGUGCCAAAUAUAUAUUACCAUAUGCCUCACUUGCUAAAUCAUGAAGGGAGCCUUCAGCCUGCUGUGCAGGUUGGUCUUGGUAGAACUGGAGUGUCAGUUGUCAUGGGAAUUCCUACUGUUAAAAGGAAAGUUAAGUCUUACCUGAAAGAGACCUUGCAUUCCCUGAUUGAUAAACUGUCUCCAGAAGAGAAACUAGACUGUGUUAUAAUAGUCUUCAUUGGAGAGACAGAUCUGGAAUAUGUUAACAGCGUUGUUGCCAAUUUGGAAAAAGAGUUUGCCACAGAAAUCAGCUCUGGUUUAAUAGAAGUAAUCUCUCCUCCUUCAACAUAUUAUCCUGACCUAAAUAAUUUAAAGGAGACUUUUGGAGACUCAAAGGAAAGAGUUAGGUGGCGAACGAAACAAAAUUUAGACUAUUGUUUUCUUAUGAUGUAUGCGCAGAGGAAGGGCAUUUACUACAUCCAGCUAGAAGAUGAUAUUGUUGCCAAGCAGAAUUAUUUCAGUACAAUAAAGAAUUUUGCACUUCAGCUUUCCUCUGAAGAUUGGAUGAUUCUAGAAUUUUCCCAGUUAGGAUUUAUUGGUAAAAUGUUUCAGGCCCCAGAUAUUACACUCAUUGUUGAGUUUAUAUUGAUGUUUUAUAAGGAAAAACCUAUUGAUUGGCUUUUGGACCAUAUAUUGUGGGUAAAAGUUUGUAAUCCUGAAAAAGAUGCAAAACACUGCGACAGACAGAAGUCCAAUCUGCGAAUUCGUUUCCGCCCAUCCCUUUUCCAGCAUGUUGGACUCCAUUCAUCCUUAGCAGGGAAAAUACAGAAACUUACAGAUAAAGAUUUUCUGAAACCAUUGUUGCAUAAAAUUCAUGUGAACCCACCUGCUGAAGUCUCCACUUCCCUAAAAGUCUAUCAAGGCCACACGCUGGAAAAGACUUACUUAGGAGAGGAUUUUUUCUGGGCCAUUACACCAGUUGCUGGAGACCACAUUUUAUUUAAGUUUGACAAGCCAGUGAAUGUAGAAAGAUAUCUUUUUCGCAGUGGGAACCCUGAACAUCCAGGAGAUCAGUUAUGGAACACAACAGUGGAGGUCUUUCCUUAUCGGAAAGACAUUGUGGAGCUGAGGACUGACACCAAAGAGAAACGCUUGCCAGAUGGCUUCUUUAGAAUAGGUAAAUUUGAAGACGGCUUAGCAGAGGGGCCAGUGAACUCAAAUUUAAACCCCAUUUCUGCAUUUCGGCUUUCAGUUUUACAGAACUCUCCUGUCUGGGUCAUUCUGAAUGAGAUCCAUAUUAAAAGGAAUCCUGGAGACUAAUACCCAAAAAAAAGAUCAUAUCAGAACUGUCAAAAAGCAGCCAAUGUUCUGUCAUCAUCACUGCCUAUUAGGGACUUCUGCAUGCACCUCCAUAUCAUCCUGUUGUUUGGACUCUACCUCUGUGAGAUCUACUGUAGCUAGGAUUACACCUGCUCUUGUGAAAACCCAAUGGAAACAAUGUGAUUUUGUUUACCCAACAAACCAUCCAUAUCUUAGGCGUAAACCAUUUUUAAGCCAACAUACAGAUUUUUUUUUUUUUAAAGGAAUAUCCUGAAAUAUGUACAUAUACAUUCCAUGAACCCCCCCCCCCAAUGCUUUUUGUGCAGGAAUCAAUUAUCCAGUUCUAUUUUGCUUUUAUUAUGAUACAAAUUAUUAUGAUACAAAUUUUGUAGAUGAUCAGGGAAAUAUUAAAUAUAUUAAUAUAGAUAUAUGGAUACAACCAGCUUAUACAGAUUAUUUAUUAUGGCUUAGAAAAUUGAUAUGUUCAGUAAUAUAUUUGAUUGAUAUCUGUUUCUUUAAUUAUAUUUAACAUGUUAUUUGAUUGCUGAAGGUUGCCUAUUUUCCUUGCUAUGUAAGUAUAGGCACUGAUACCACAACAUUUAUGCUUUUUUGCGAGUAAAACAAUUCAAAGUGGACAACUAUAUUGUUUUUGUAGUUGCACAUUCCCAGUUUUCUGCAGAUAACCUUUCAAUUUCUCUAGUAAUUCAACAAAGGGUUCUUAUCCCUAAAGAGCAAUUGUAGAGAAAAACAAACAUUUUGUGUACUUGGACCAUCCUGUUAUUGCCGGCAAUAUAUUGUAUUCUAAGAUUUGACUGUGACUGCAAACAGGAUCUCAAAGGUUGUCUUCUCUGGCAUCUGAGCAAUUACUCGCUGCAUGAAUGGUGUUCCUUGUGGGUAAUUGCCCAUAGUGCAUAUAGAGAUGAUCCUUUUAGCAGUGGGGGUUGGUAGGGGCAGUUUUGAAAGAUGGAGCCUCUUUGCAGCUGAAAUACUCCAUUGGAGAAAUGCCCUAUGUGCCAGGCUUAGACUUUUUUUUUCUCCGUGCCUCAGAGCAAAUCAUCAAUAUCUUGCUUUGUAGGGAAGUUUCUAUUCUGCAAUGAACUGCCUUCAGAAAAGUCCCUUGUGUGACAUGAGCCUAGCGAUUGACAUAACCACUCAAAAUGUCAGUCAAGUGGUCACUUCUGAUGCCAAAAACUCAUCUUGCCAAUAAAAUAUUAGGAAAGUUGACAAUUUGUGCUUACAGUUAAGUUAAAAGUAGCUUCCAAAUUUUCUCAUUCCUUUAAAUUGGAGAUCCGUAAUUAAUUUGUGUUUUUGGUUUAUUACUUCUGUUGUUAAAAUAUUCUGCAAUGCGUUCAAAUUGCCUAAACCUGGCAUUGUUUAUAAAUACACACUUUAUAUAAAUGA